CCGUCUCACCACGUCUACAUCUCAGACGGGCCCCCAACGAAAUGUCGGGAGGUCAACCUCCCGCCUCGCUAUCAUGGCGUGUGGGCACUCCCAGCGGCAGUGGCAGCGGCAGCGGUCGCUCCUCACCGCAACACCAGCGCAAUACGAGCACCAGCACCUCUUCCAGCCUCGCAAGCGCCGUUCUCCCGGCAAUCUCCAUUGCCUUGCCUGGCAGCAGCGGGCCGUCAUCUGCAUCCUCCUCGAGCUCUAGACUGCCCAUCCCAGGAAGCGGCAGCGGUAGCGGGAUCGCUACAGAUCAGCCAAGUGUUGCCUCCUCUUCAUCAGCAUCGACUGAAGACGUCCGCUCCUCCUCCUCCGGUCGUGCCUCCAAUAACAGCGAAAAUCCCCAACUAGAGAUGCAAGCCUCUUCCUCCAAUUCGCAUCGCUCUUCCCUUCUCUACCCCUUCCACAUUGGUCCCCUGCGCACAGACGGGAAGAGCGGGCACGAUGCCUCUCAACGCAAAGCCCGUAAACGUGACAAGCUGGCUCGAGCAGGGAGGAGCUUGAGUCCUUUUCGUACGAGGCAUGGACGCAGUGGUAGCUUGAACCGACUGGGCGAAGCGUUGGCUGCUGUCACGAUGCGAUCACACAGCGGAGAUAACAAGCUUCUGACACCGCCCAAGGUGGGAGGGUCAGGGGCCUCGUCGAGCCAAUCACGAACGCCGCAGAGCGAUGAUGCCAGUAUUGGGGAGGCAACUGAAGAUGAUAGUACCGAUACCGAGUCGGUGCGCAGUGUCGGCCUAGCACCUCGUAAUACGGCUUUCGGCAGUGGGCGUGACGGCAGAGGUGAUGGGGAUGAGGAGCACAGUGGCUCUGCCCACGAUGAUGACGCCGACCCAGAGAAGCAGCGCACCUCCCUCGACGCCUCGGGCGAGGAGUCCCUCAGCAGUGAAAGCGACGGACAUCGAGCACAGGAGGAUGAAGACGACUCCAUCAUCGACUUUGACGAUGCGACAAUCGACAAUACGCUGUUCAAUGCCGGCUGCCUGGACCUGCACAACGCUUGGCAGAACAAUAAGGAGUCGAUUGGUGAGGGGGGCUGGUACCCUUCUGAGGAUGAUCCCUCUUGGUCCAACGACGAGCAUCAGGACGAAGAUGAUCAAGUCUCGUCUUCUUCGCGUUCCCACCCGCAUCGCGACCACCACCAUCACGGUUCUCGUCACUCUGGUGCUUUGGUCGAUGACCCCGAAGGCGAAGACGACGAAGGCUACACGCAGAAGGGUACUCGCACCGCACCUGUUGACGGUGCCCCCCCGAUUGAGACGAGCGAGACCUCCAUGGAUCACCAUUCGCGCCUGCCCAACGUCAUCCUCCCUUCCUCUCAUCGUCCCACCGCCCCUAAGAAGCAAGGCUCCAAAUGGAUCUCGUCCUCCUCGCGCAGUGCAGGCGGAGAUGAAUACUCCCUUGUCGCCUCUCGUCCCAUCUUCGCCAAGAAUCGCUGCACCAUCACCUUGGUACACGGCGAGUACGAGAAAGCCGUCGAAGCCCGGCGGUCCGGCAGUGGAGAGGGGCGCAACCCUCGUCGUUGGGUUGUCGCGUCUGACGGGUCCGAGGAGUCAAGCUAUGCCAUCGAAUGGACAAUCGGCACAGUCCUCCGUGACGGGGAUGAGACUUUGAUCGUCUCGGUGAUGGAAACCAGCGAGAAGCUUGAUGGGUCUCACCUGCCUACUAACGCGGCUGGAAAGGCCGCACUCGAGGAGAAGCAGAGGAUCAGGCAGAGCAUGGCACUCGUUCUUGCAAGGCAGGCUACUGCGUUGCUUCAGAGAACCAGGCUCGCGGUGAAGGUCAGCUGUCAGGCGUUGCAUGCUAAACAUGCAAGGCACAUGUUGCUCGACCUGAUUGACUUCUACGAGCCAACGAUGGUGAUAGUGGGGUCGAGAGGUUUGGGGUCGCUGAAAGGGAUCCUCCUCGGCAGUACAAGCCAUUACCUCCUUCAGCGAUCAAGCAAGCCGAUUAUGAUUGCGAGAAAGCGACUGCAGCUGCCUGCUCUGCCACGCGGCAAAGGAGAUGUGGUCUCUUCGGUGCGCAGACGCCAUAUGAGGUUGGAUGAGGCCGCGAUUGAGAAGAAGAGUAAGGUGGGAGAGGAGGAAGGAGCGGACGGUGAAAGCCAUAGCGAGGGAGAGGAGGGGGAGAAGGAGGGAGGAGAGAAGAAGGCAGAGGAGGGCGACAACAAUGCAGAGGAGGGCAAGAAGUCGGAGGAGAGCGAGGCAGACGCCACGGUUCUGUCCCCCGAAAGUCAGGGCGACAAGAAAGAGAAGGCUGACAAAAGGAAGAUUCAUGUUGAGACUCAAGAGGAGCAAAGGCGUAGGGAGGGCUCAUCGACCAUGGCUGCCGUAGAGGACAGGCGGCUGAGAGAGAGUGAAGGGGACGAGGACGACGAACACGACGGCGAAGGCGAUCUGGCUGGGCAGCAAAGCCAAGAGGGCGCAGCGUCGGAGCCAUCUGCCUCUACGAAGUCACUCUCCUCGAGCACAACAGCAGAAGCGGACAACGACGAGCAGGUGUACAAGAGCGGCGCAGCUGUCAGCGAGAGAGCCGAAGAGCGCGGCAGACGACCGUCCGCAACCCCCGCCGAAGAAGUCGCUCCCGACGCUGGUAGCGAGGAGGCAGAGCGAGGCAGAGGUCGCUCUAGGACGAGGGAUCGAUGAGUUGUACCCUGCAUUCUCCACGACCGUUAUGUCCAUAUCCAUUGCUAUAAAACGCCUGAGUCGUGUUGUGUCG